AUGGCAAGGUACCUCAUCAAGGCAAGAGAUAUCACAAAUAAUGGGAAUAUGAAAGUUAAUUACUUUCCCAGUUCACUCACGAAGAAUGCCUUCACAUGGUUCACGAUGCUCCCAGCAAGUUCGUUUCAUUAUUGGACUCAUUUGGAAAGAUUGUUCCAUGAACAAUUUUACAUGGAGCAGUCGAAGAUUAGUCUGAAGGAAUUGGCUAGCAUUAAGCGUAAAUUCACUGAGCCAAUAGACGAAUAUCAUAAUAGGUUUCGUUUGCUAAAGGCAAGGUGUUUUACACAGGUGCUUGAGCAUGAGUUAAUCAAAAUGGCCGCUGGUGGCUUAGAUUAUUCCGUCAGAAAGAAAUUGGACACCCAAUACUUAAGGCAUAUGUCCCAACUGGCUGAUAGAGUUCGACAGGUAGAACGCCUGAAGACUAAAAAGGACAGGGCGAAUAAGAAUAAUAGGAGAGAAAGAGUAGCCUAUUUCGAUUUAGAUGGAGAUGAUCACAAGACAUAUAGUGACUUUCUAGAUUUCGACGAAAGAGAGAUCAACCUUGCUGAAUUAAAACAAGGACCACCCUACUCCUGCAAGGUCCUUGCACCUUCGAAUGGAAAAAAUCCUAUUGAACCCGAAAAGAACGAUAAGUUCCCCAAGAAAACAUAUACCUUCGACGUCAUUAAAUGUGACAAAUUUUUUGAUUUAUUAGUCAAAGAUGGCCAAAUGAUAGUGCCUUCUAGCGCUAAGAUACCUCCUUUAGAACAACGAAAGAAGAGGAGUUUUUGCAAAUAUCAUAAUUUUUUGGGCCAUAAUACCUCACAAUGUUUUAUUUUCAGGGAUCUUGUGAAAAAUGUAAUCAGGGACGGAAGGUUGAAGUUCGGGGACAGGACAAAGUCACAAAUGAAGAUAGACUUGGACCCAUUGCAGGUGGUAGAUGCCCACUAUGUUAAGCCAUUCGUUGUCAACAUGAUGGAAGUAUCUGAAGCCCAUGACAGAAAUGCCAUGAUGUUUGAAACCACUGAGGGUUUCAAGCAAGAAACCACUAAGGGUUUCGUCUAA